AUGCUUCGCGUGCAGAACACUUAUGCCGAGAGGAAAGUGCAGAUGCGGGUUGAAAAAGUACUAAGAAUGAAGAGAAGAGAGCAGCUUGCAAGAAGAACAGCCAUAGCCAUCAUCCCGCCAAGAGUUCACAUUGCUACCGAGGUACACAGCUGGAACCAUUUCUGCAGCGACUAUGCAAUCAAUUCUGGCAUUACUUUCUUCAACCUACUUCCUGGGUUUUAUACCAAUAGCUCAUCGACAUGUUGCCAGGAAGCGCUCCAUGCCGUCAGCCUGGCUAGCUUGGCUCUCAAACUUCGCCAAUCCGGAUUGAUGGCUCAGGCAAGGCGGCACUACGGCAAAGCGAUUAUAGCGCUCAAUGUUACAUUGAACGAUCCGGUUUUGACUGCGGAUGACUCAGUGCUGGUAACUCUGCUUCUGUUUUCACUCUUCGAGACCAUCGUGCCGGACUACUUGGACACUACACUACCAGAUACAGAGUUCCAAUGUCAUAUCCACUUCCGCGGAGCGUUGAUGUUACUCCGAUGGCGAGCUGAGCAGGGACGGCGUUGCGAACUGGAUAGACGCGUUUUUGCAUUCUUCUCUCAUAUCUGUUUGAUGAGUAUGUUCGUCGAUCAUGGGCUCCACGACGCCAAGUGGUCAUCCCUUGAGAAAUUCACAGCUCCUUGGAUAAAAGAUCCUCUUUUGGAACCAAUCCUCGGUCGGUCGGUCCAUUUCAAGCGGCGGGCUCAAGCUCAAAUCACCGCAAGGGGCGAUCAAGCAUAUAGACUGGAGGUGCUACCGCAGCUCAUUAGGGAUGGUAUCAGUGUCAGUGAAGGCCUCGAAGCUACGGCCAUAAGCGUCAGAUCCUCUUCAGAUCCAAAUCUGCCGUCAGGUCAACAGCCCACAGCAUUCAACCACAUGUUCGAGGUAUCCAACAAAACAACGGAGGCAAUUGUGAGAAGCUUAUAUCGGGCUGUUAGAUACCAUGUCGUCGAGUUGGUCCUAGACCUCAUCGCUCGCAUGAAGGAGGAAGUCGACACCACCAGCCACGAAUUCAAUGGUCAGGUUUACGUGUCAGAGAGGCUCGUUAUGAUCCUUGAACAGAUCUGUGGAGAUAUUUGCGCUGUUCUCAACUUUGACAGUAAGCACCAUAUCGAGGAAGAUAAGGUAGGAAUGGCCCAUCGAGCAUUUGGCAUGUUCUUCCCUAUGGUAGUCCCGCUGUUCUCUUCGCUGGCUGGAGAGGAAAAGAGAGGAUGGCUCCGAGAAAAACUGCGACUCAUCGGCGAAAGCACUGGAUUUGGCUUGGCAACAUUGGCAGCCCAAAUGAUUAAUCCAAUUGAUAGUUAA